UUGCCAUUUUUUCCAUCUCUCUCCCCUUCUCUCUCUCUCUGCAUUUACCUCUCUCUCACUCUCUCUCUCUUUUCUCUGCUCUCCUUUCUCAAAAAAGCCAUGACGGCGAUCCUGCGAUCCAUCUUCGCCUCCGCGCCAUCUUUGUAUUAUUUCUAAUUUAUUUCCCCCCCCCCCCUUCCUUGUGGAUGUCAAGGCGUUGGAUGAAGAUAUUUUUGCCCCACUGGAGUCUCCUCUCUAACCCCGGCUCUCCCCGAUGUGAUCCGCGCUGAACGCCGCCGCCAGCCACCAUGUCUCGCCGCAAGCAGGGCAAACCCCAGCACUUAAGCAAACGGGAUUUUUCGCCAGCCGAACCCCUCUCAGCAGCCGGCGUCUGGUCACAGGAGCUGUCGGAGCGCUACUCGGAGCACUCGACCGAGACCGGAGGCCUCAACGGGCACCACCCGUGCGCCGCUGUGGGCCGGCUGGCCCGGCUGGGUAAUGACGCUCACCCCUCCCUGGAGCAGGACCUCCUGACCUGCGGCCAGUGCCAAGCCACCUUCCCUCUGGCGGACAUCCUGCUCUUCAUCGAGCACAAGCGAAAGCGAUGCCACGGGCCGCCCUGCCUGGCCGUGGGCCGGGGGCUGGACAAGCCCCCCUCGCCCUCCCCUGGCCUGGCCCUCACCCCGUCCACGGCGUUUGGCGCUCUGCGCAGCCGCCGGCCCGUGGAAGUUGGCGUCCAGGCCACGCUGGCAGACGACGAUGACGACCGCUUCUUGUUGCCAAGGGGGAUUUGCCCCAAACAGGAGCCCCACCCAGGUAAGGAGGAGCCGAGCAACUAUACCUGCACUACAUGUAAGCAGUCAUACGGCAGCGCCUGGUUUUUGCUGCAGCAUGCUCAGAACACCCAUGGCUUCCGGAUCUACCUGGAAAGUGAACACGGUAGCCCCCUCAUCCCACGUAUGGGUGGGCCAUCAUCACUGGGGGGAGGCGCAGAUUGCCCUUCGCACCCUCCGCUCCCUGGCCUCCACCUGCCUCCAGAUGCAAGCCCCUUCAACCUCCUCCGCAUGCCUGGCUCGGGCUCAGGUGGAAGGGACAGCGUUGGAAUAGGAUGUGGAAUUGGUGCCAUUGGCGCUGCUGGUGGUGGGCAUCCUCAGCGUUUCCCUCCCACACCACCCCUCUUCAGUCCCCCUCCAAGGAACCACCUGGAACCGCACCACCUAAGCCCAGAGGAGCUGGCGCUGGCAGCCCACCACCCGAGUGCCUUUGACAGGGUGCUGCGCCUAAAUGCCCCUUUAACCCUGGAUCCGCCUCCAACAAUGGACUUCUCUCGACGGCUACGAGAGCUGGCAGGAAACAAUUCAGGGUCCACUCCUCCACUGUCCCCCAGCCGGCCGAGCCCCAUGCAGCGCUUGCUCCAACCAUUCCAGACAGGAGGAGGAAGUGGAAGUGGAGGAGGUGCAGGGGGCAGCAAACCUCCAUUUCUUGCCACCCCACCCCCUCUCCCAGGCUCCAUGCAGUCACCCGUGGGCUCUCAGACCACUCCUACCACCCCUCUCCCCUCAGCGGGCGCAACACCCUCCUCCACCACUCAGUUAAAAUCAAAGUGUUGUGAGUUUUGUGGCAAGGCCUUUAAGUUUCAGAGUAAUCUGAUUGUGCACCGGCGCAGUCACACAGGAGAGAAGCCGUACAAAUGCCACUUAUGUGAUCAUGCUUGUACACAGGCUAGCAAACUGAAACGCCACAUGAAGACACAUAUGCACAAAUCCUCCUCGCCGAAUACAGGCAAGUCAGAAGAUGGACUCUCAACAGCGUCUUCCCCGGAGCCUGGCACCAGCGAGCAUUUGGGCAGCGCAAGCAAUGCCCUUAAGUCAGUGGUGGCCAAGCUGAAAUGUGAAAAUAACCGAUUGCUGCGGGAGAAUGGGGAGGAUGAGGAAGAGGAGGAGGAGGAAGAGGAGGAGGAGGAGGAAGAGGAGGAGGAAGAGGAUGAGGAGGAAGAAGAGGUCGAAGAGGAAGAGGAUCAGAACAGAGAGAGGGCCACUAGGAGAAGCAACAAUAGCUAUCACUUUGGUAUGAACCUCGAAGCAGCACGUCACCAUGAAAACAAUGGGGGUAUAGGGAGCCGACUGGGGGGAGUUGCUGAUGAGGGUUCCAUCCCUCGCUCACUACCUGAGGUGAUGCAAGGGAUGGGCCUCGCCGCUAGCAUGCAUCACUUUAGCGAAGCCCUUAGCGCACACAAACGUCAUGCCAUGAUCAAGGAGAACCACCUGCACCACCACCUCAACCAAGACCAUCACCACAAUCGUGAAAUGUGUGAUGGGGACUCGGUGUUGGAGACAGAUCGCGGGGCCGAGGGCUCAGUCUCGACAGUCAACGGCCGGGGAGCUUCUCCCAACGAAUCUGCCUCUGUCGGUCUGUCUAAAAAACUGCUUCUGGGGAGCCCCACUCCACUCAGUCCUUUCUCUAAACGUAUCAAGCUCGAAAAGGAGUUUGACCUGCCCACUCCCACAAUCCCUAACACGGAGAAUGUCUACUCCCAGUGGCUGGCUGGCUAUGCCGCCUCACGACAACUCAAGGACCCCUUUCUGAACUUUGGGGACUCCAGACAAUCGCCCUUUGCCUCUUCGUCCGAGCAUUCCUCAGAGAACGGCAGUUUACGUUUUUCCACUCCUCCGGGGGAGCUGGACGGCGGCAUGUCGGGCCGCAGUGGUACGGGCAGUGGGGGCAGCACGCCACACCUUGGGGGUCAUGGGCGACCCACUUCCAAGGAAAGCCGUAGGAGUGAUACUUGUGAGUAUUGUGGCAAAGUGUUCAAGAACUGCAGUAACCUGACAGUACACCGGCGCAGCCACACAGGGGAGAGACCAUACAAGUGUGAUCUGUGCAAUUAUGCUUGUGCCCAGAGCUCCAAACUUACUCGCCACAUGAAGACUCACGGUCAGGUGGGCAAAGACGUGUACAAGUGUGAAAUUUGUAAGAUGCCCUUCAGCGUCUACAGCACCUUGGAGAAACACAUGAAAAAAUGGCACAGUGACCGUCCCUUGAGUACCGAAAUAAAGUCAGAGUAGGAGGCCGAACUAUGGGACCUUUCCCCCGCAGCUGUGUCCGCCAUUAGUCCCCCGUUAUGCCCAGCCCCCUGUAGAAUUGCCCCAACCCUAACACUCCACUUUCGCCAGUCUGGUGGAAGCUUAAGACCAUGUGCUCUGCACCAGCACACCCCGUUUUCAUUACCCAUUGAAUGCAUGAUCUGUACAGGGGCAAUACUCUUGCAUUGAAGCGAAACUUCGAGCCUUUCUAUUGUGCAAUAAUUUACAUGUUGUGUACUAUUUUCUUUUUUAAGUUUUCCUUUUCCAUUUUUAAGAAUUAGUCAGCAUGCAUAGUAUGUUUUUGCUAACAAAAAAAAGAAAAGAACUUGUCCCUGGUUGGUUAGUUGUUGAGUAAAUGUGUUGCUGUUUUUCUCUUGUUCAGUUUUUUUCUUUUUAUUCUUCAAAAAGAGAUAAAACAAGAAAGAUUCAUCCAUGCUGCAUACAUUCUGUGACACAUAUCAUGUACAGUUUUGUUUUGUAACAUGGAAAUUGAACAGUCUGGGACUCGACCCUCCUCAUAAAACCCUGGAAACGCACUCAUCCUGAUCUUUAAAAAAGACAGCAUGUUCACACAGGGUUAAAAAAAGAAGAAGGAAAACCAUGCAUUUGCUUGACGACUAAACUGAAAGUAAUAACAGCCUUCAAAAUUCUUUCAAAAAGACAAGGGUGUGCUAAGAAUUCAAUUUGUACUAUCAUUUGGUAGAAUAAGAAAGAGUGCCUUUGGAUUUCUCUAGACUGCAUUGGCCAUAAUCUUAUCUGGUAUAAGUUUGGGGUCACAUUAGAUCAGGCUUAAAGGUUUAAGCGACCCAGGAAAGGUCCUUGCAUCAAGCACCUGACUGCUCAAAUGGACUGUGACAAUUCCCGAUGAAACAUCAGAGGAUUCUCGUUAAUCAUCAUUUAGCUACCUAUUACAUAUUCAAUAGGCUAUCUUUGAUAUGUGGAUUUCAUGGCAAGCAUGGUGCAAGCAGUAUUGUGUAUAUCUGAAUUGUUUGUAGUUUUUCCCGGUUAGGAUGUGAUAAAGCUAAUGUGUAAUGUACAAUCCUGAACUCGAGGGACACAGCACAUGGCGGCGAAGGGUCAUGUAUCUACUGCUGGUUUGACAUGUCAGUGUGUGGAACAAUGCAUAAAGUAAUAUAUGGACUCCAAGGGAGGCAUACUUUAUUUGAAAGCAUUGAAAUAACUUCCAGCUAGACAGACAGAACGCUACACAGAACUGGAAGCUGACUCGAUAUUAAGGCCAUCUGAGGCAAUCUCUUCCACUUUACUCUUUUUUCUAUCAACACAGGGUUAUCAACCAUGAAUUGCAGAAAAAAAUAAAGAAUUGCAAUAAAAUAUGUACUCCAUGGCUCUUAAAAAGAGUGAAUGUGAUAAUUAUAAUCAGUAUGCAUAGGCUAAUGCAGGGCACAUUUGUAUUGUCUGCUUUUUAACCCAAAAGAGGUUUUCCCUUGUUGAGUUUCAUUCAAGCUGUUCACAUUAUAGCACAUGUCACACUGCCUGAGAGUAAGACCCGACAUCCCUCCUGCAUUUUACCACAAAGAUGCAAUGUUGGUCUCAUGGGUUGAGUCUGAAGGUCAGAUUUUCACCUAUACAACAUGAAAUGCACUGUUUCAGUUUUCCCAGUUUACAAGUUUACGCUGAAGGGGAAAACACAGUUGAAAUGCUGUCACAUGACGAGAGUCCCUUUGUUACAAGAAGAAAAAGAUGAGACACAUGAUCUGUUGCCAGCAACUGCACCCUCCUAAACCUUGAUCUUUGUACCCUUGCCGUUCCAUCUUUGACCAUUUGUCAAUUUGUUACCCCUAGAAACACCAGUGCUUAACAUGGGCUAAAUAUCCCCCCUGUUGGCAAGGUCUGUAAACAAAAGGUUUGUUACACAAGUAAGCAAAGCUCCUUUAGGUCACAGAAGGGAGCACUCAUUUGCCACAGAAGAACCAAACACUUUAGCUGGAGUUCUAUAGGAACUUUGAAAUCUACACCUGAAAGGCUAUAGACCUAUAGACCUAUAGACUCGCUAGACAACAGACACUCAAUCUGUUUUUGUAUUAAUCUUCCUUUAAUUCUAGAUAUAAAAAUGGUUUCUUUCAAAUAACACAUCAACAUCUUUAAGGGGGACACUGUAUCUAAGUUUUGUUGUCUAUUUUCCUCAGCGUCUUGGUGGCGCUCAAGACUCAGAUCACAGUAUAUAUGAAAUGAUAAAAAAAAGAUGAAAAAACAAACAAACAAAAAAAUCUGUGAUGGUUUUGUAUUUUUUUUUUUUUUGCCUUGGCUCUUCACAGCUCUUCAGGUUGAAAUACAAUUUGCAUUGGGGAAAGGAUUAAGAUUAUAUAUGAAUAUAUAAUACAGAACUUAAAAUAUAGGAAAAUGCACAUUCAUGUCGGUUCCUAUACUUAAACACAUUUAUGGUCUACUUUUUCUGUAUUUCUAGAAUUGUAUUUGAAUUCAAUGUUCACUUAGAGUAGGCACUAUAGUAUUUAUAUUGAGGCUUGUAUUUUUAACUGUUGCUUGUUCUCUCUAAAGGUAUUUACCAUACCUUUUUUUGGUAGUGGAAAAAAAAUGCCAAGCUGCCACGGUAUAUUUUUUUAAUUUGGCAGGAUAAUAUAGUGCAAAUUAUUUGUAUGUUUAAAGAAAUAAAUGGAAAACCCACAAAAAAAGCUAAAGUAUGUGGCCCUGGGAGGCACCACGGGCCAUCAGAUGGCCGUUGUUUCCUGUCCACAGAGGUGGUUGUACAUAUCUUCUUUGUUUUUUUUGGUUCGGACCUCCUUCCCCCCCUGCUGCCAUUCUUGUAUGCAGUAAUGCAAGCUGACGUCGGCCUGUUCUGUUGUGUGCUUCUGUCUCUCUCAUCCCUCCCACCUGACUACAUUCCAACAUCAAGAAGAGAGGAAAAAAAGAAAAAAAACGUCAUAUGCAGUACAUGGAUUACGAAAACAAGCGUAAAAAUAAAUACAUUUCAAAAAUAAUUUAAUGUUUUGCAGUUUUUAUUGCCAAAUCCUUAAUGGUGCUUUAUAUUUAGAUUGGGUAUACUUUCAUAUGCAAAGCAUAUUUAAAAAUGACCCGGAGGGAGAAGAGAAGCCUGCUUGAGUUGAGACUUUUUUGUAAAUGGCAAUGCAGAAUAUUUUGUUAUCAGCCUUUUCUAUUUCUAUUCUGAGAGUUUGUUGUUUGUUGUAUCUUGAACUUGAACGUUAUCUUUUAGUAUGGGAGUUACUAUUUAUUAUUACCGUAUGCUCAAAACAGAGACAUGGAUUGACUUUAGUUUUGGCGUCCUUUCAUUUAUUUUUGUUUAAACCUAUUUUAUUUAAACCUAGCUCUUUAAUUUCUGUUCUACUUUUAGGGUCCCUGUUCAGUUGUUUUGGGAAAACCACUGUCUGUGUUUUCUGGCAGAUGUCUGCAUCACCUGUUCACACACCCAUUUUGUCCCUUUAUCCAAAAACAAUUAAUAAAAAAAAUGAAAGUAUAAUGGCACUUGUCGC